GUCCUACGGCUAUGUCUGCAAGGCGAAGAACAAGGCGACGGGCCUUGUCCGCGCCGUGAAGACCAUUGCCAAGGGGAAGAUGAAGAACAUGGAGCGGUUCAAGCAAGAGAUUGCCAUCAUGAAAAUGAUGGACCAUCCGAACAUCAUCAAACUCUAUGAGAGCUUCGAAGACCUGAGGAAUAUAUACCUAGUCAUGGAGCUCUGUGCGGGCGGUGAGCUUUUCGACCGCAUCAUUGACGCCGGCAGCUUCACCGAGGUGGUAGCUGCCACCUUGAUGCAGCAGAUCAUCCGUGCCGUGUACUAUAUGCACCAGAACAAGGUUGCACACCGGGACCUGAAACCCGAAAACUUUCUUUUCACCUCCAAGGAGCCCAUAGAAAACAACUGCCUCAAGAUCAUCGACUUCGGCCUCUCCUGCAAGUUCGUGGAGGGUCAGAUGCUGGCCACCAAGGCUGGCACGCCGUACUACGUCGCACCGCAGGUGCUGUCGGGCAAGUACGACGAGUCGUCGGACCUUUGGAGUUGCGGCGUCAUCAUGUUUGUGCUGCUCUGCGGUUAUCCUCCCUUCUUUGGGGACUCCGAUCAGGAGGUUUUGUCCAAGGUGAAGAUGGGCAACUUCAGUUUUAACCCCGCCGACUGGAAGAAUGUGUCGGAGGAUGCCAAGAGCCUCAUACGCAGCCUCCUCAGGAUGAACCCCAGAGAAAGGUUCACUGCAGACCAGGCGCUGCAGCACGAGUGGAUCAAGCUCAAGGCGCCCAAGGCCAAGAAUGUAAGCCUUCAGUCCAACUUCGUUGACAACCUGCGUGGCUUCCGAUCUCAGAACAAGCUGAAGAAGGCAGCCUUGCACAUCAUCGCGGGUCAGCUGAACGAGGAUCAGAUCAAGCAGCUCCGCGACGUUUUCAUGAUGAUUGAUGGAAACGGGGACGGCUACCUGACAGUCAAUGAACUGAAGGAGGGGCUUUCGAAGGCCGGCUUGAAAGACAUCCCGGUCGACUUGCUGCAGAUCAUGCAGGAAGUGGAUUCGGAUGGGAGUGGGAACAUCGACUACACGGAGUUUCUAGCAGCGACUCUAGACAAGAGGAUGUACAUCCAAGAAGACGUUUGCUGGUCUGCCUUCCGUGUCUUCGACAGGAACGGCGAUGGAAAGAUCUCCAUGGAGGAGCUCCAGCAGGUGCUUUGUGCUCAAGACGUCGAGGAGGUAGUCGGUACAAAGGCCAUCGCCGAGCUCAUGCUAGAGGUGGACGGCAACGGCGAUGGCUUCAUCGAUUUCAAGGAGUUCAUGUCGAUGAUGCGUGACCACGCGAAGGGUGGUGGAGGGGUGGCCCAUUCCACUGCGUGA